GGGUGGCGCCUAGACUCCUAGUAGAAGAAUCUCUCUCUCUCGCUCGCUCUCUCUCUCUGAGGGAAUUGCUCCGACGUAGUUGGGAUUUCGUGUAUUUUUCAGGUUCCUUGAUUUCUCGGAGCAACGAGCUCUUUGCUCUUGGGGUUCGAGGCGAAGAGGGAGAGAUGGGAGAAGCCACCGGUGGUCGGACGCCGAAGCUUCCGAUCGACGGCAGGAGAAAUGUGCUCAUUACGAGCGCUCUUCCUUACGUCAACAAUGUUCCCCAUCUUGGAAAUAUCAUCGGAUGCGUUUUGAGCGCGGAUGUCUUCGCGAGGUACUGUCGCCUUCGCGGCUACAAUACUGUAUACGUUUGCGGGACAGAUGAGUACGGAACGGCCACAGAGACGAAGGCAAUGGAGGAGGGUUGCUCCCCAAAAGAGAUUUGUGACAAGUACCAUGCAAUCCACAAGGAAAUCUAUGAAUGGUUUGAUAUAGGUUUUGAUCACUUUGGGCGUACAUCUAGCCCUAAUCAAACUGUUGUCUGCCAAGCAAUAUUCAAUAAACUCCUGGAGAACAAGUGGCUCACUGAGAAUACAAUGCAGCAGCUAUAUUGUGACACUUGCAAUCGCUUUUUGGCUGAUAGACUUGUGGAGGGCACAUGUCCCACGGCUGGAUGUGAUUAUGGGGAUGCUAGGGGCGACCAAUGUGAAAAAUGUGGAAAAUUAUUAAAUCCAACUGAGCUUAUAGAUCCAAGGUGCAAGGUCUGUCGAUCUUCGCCCCGCAUCCGUGAUACAAAUCAUUUGUUUCUAGAACUCCCAUUGUUGAAAGAUAAAUUAGAAGAGUAUAUCAAUAAGAUGUCAGUUGCUGGAUCUUGGAGCCAAAAUGCAAUUCAGGCAACACAUGCUUGGUUAAGAGAAGGUUUAAAGUCUCGGUGUAUAACCAGGGAUCUGAAAUGGGGAGUACCCGUGCCUCUUGAGAAGUUCAAGGAUAAGGUAUUUUAUGUCUGGUUUGAUGCGCCUAUUGGGUAUGUAUCAAUAACGGCAUGUUAUACACCAGAGUGGGAGAAGUGGUGGAAGAAUCCUGAAAAUGUGGAGUUGUUUCAGUUCAUGGGCAAAGACAAUGUGCCAUUUCACACUGUCAUGUUUCCUUCAACAUUGUUGGGUACUGAAGAAAGCUGGACAUUAAUGAAAACUAUCAGUGUCACAGAGUAUUUAAAUUAUGAAGCAGGAAAGUUCUCCAAAAGUAAAGGAGUGGGAGUUUUCGGCAAUGAUGCAAAAAAUACAAGCAUUCCGGUUGAAGUGUGGCGCUAUUACUUGCUAACUAAUCGACCUGAAGUGUCAGACACCUUGUUUACAUGGACAGAUUUACAAGCAAAACAAAACAGCGAGUUGCUGAAGAACUUGGGAAACUUCAUUCAUCGAGUGUUGAGCUUUGUUGCAAAACGGGAAGGAGAAGGGUAUGGAUCAAUAGUUCCAGAUGCACCUGAUGCAGAGUCACAUGCUUUAACAAAAAAAUUUGGGGAUACUGUUGGCGACUUAGUUGAGCAGUAUCUGGAAGCUAUGGAGAAGGUUAAGCUGAAACAAGGAUUAAAAAUAGCAAUGACAAUUUCUGGUGAGGGGAACUUGUAUCUGCAAGAGAGUCAAUUCUGGAAGCUCUACAAAGAGGACAAGACUUCUUGUUCCAUCGUAAUGAGGACAUCAGUUGGGCUGGUUCACUUAUUGGCAUCUCUUUUAGAGCCUUUCAUGCCUUCUUUCUCUGUCAAGGUGCUUCAACAACUAAAUUUGCCUUGUGAAACGUUAUCAUUUUGUGAAGAGAAUGGGAAUGUUGGUAGGGCUCGGCGGCCUUGGGAAAUAAUACCUGCUGGCCACAAAAUAGGUCAACCAGAGCCAUUGUUUGUAGAAAUGAAAGAUGAAGAAGUAGAGAAAUACAGAGAGAGGUUUGCUGGAAGCCAAGCUGACAGGAUAGUCAAAGCUCAAGCUGAAGCUGAAGCAAAGAAGGUUGUUAAACAGCUGCAGAAAGCAACCAUUUCAGAUGAAACAACAAAAAAAAAGAAACAAACAAAAUCUGCAGCAGCAGCAAAAGGAAAGGAUGCUGAACCUGAGAUUUCUGUUGCAAGGCUUGAUAUCCGUGUUGGCCUCAUCACUAAGGCUCAGAAGCAUCCGGAUGCUGAUUCACUGUAUGUUGAGGAGAUAGAUGUUGGUGAAGCAUGUCCACGUACUGUUGUUAGUGGCCUUGUCAAGUACAUCCCUCUCGAGGAAAUGCAGAAUCGGAAAGUUUGUGUGCUUUGCAACCUGAAGCCAGCAGCCAUGAGGGGCAUCAAGUCGCAAGCCAUGGUUCUUGCUGCCUCGAACAAUGAUCACACGAUUGUUGAGUUGGUGGAUCCUCCAGAGUCUGCCUGUGUUGGGGAGAGGGUGAGAUUUCCUGGUUUUGAUGGCAGCCCCGAUGAUGUGCUGAAUCCAAAGAAGAAAGUUUGGGAAACGGUGCAGGUUGACCUGAGAACAACUGAAGAUCUUGUUGCCUGUUACAAGGAUGUGCCUUUCACGACCUCAGGUGGUGUUUGCAAAGUUUCAUCUAUUCGUUGCGGCACAAUUAGGUAGUUUCAUGGAUGGUUAUACCUUUCUGCUUAUCUGUUGGCGGUAAUGAUUUUGACUCCCAUAUAUUUAUUGUUUACAUAUUGAUUGAGACUCAAUGAAAUUGAGCUUCAGAGGA